AUCUAAAAAAGCAAAAGAAAAACAGUGUAGAACGCGCUCUCUGUUGAGACUUGAGAGUCUCCACCGUUCUAGACGCUACUGGACCCUUCCGAAGCCACCGCAUAUAUCACACACCCCCCAACCCACUUCCGAGCCUUCUCAGCUUGCGCCGGCAUCAAUCUAUGAUCGGACUCCUGUCGUUCACACUUCACACCCACUCGGUCUCUCUCUGUAACCGAAGCGAAAAUGUUCGGCGUGGUGUUUCCGAACCGCAGCUUCCCAAUGGACAUCUCCACCUUCUCCCAAAUCGACACCUUCCACUGGGUCCUCGACAUGAACACCUUCGUAGGUGAGGCAUACGAUCAGGUCCGCGAGGUCUGCAUAUUCCUCCUCAACAGCUUCACUCUCCCUCCGGACAAGGCCCUGGCCGUCUACAUCCAGUCCCCGGGCUCGCCCUUCCUCUUCUGCGGCGCCGUCACUCUGGCUCGACCCUCCGCCGUGCUCUCGUUGCCGUGGCCGGAUCCGGGCGGCCAGAUGCAGCUCACCGCCGACGCUGCGCCGCUCUCGGCCAAGAUCGGGGUUUCGGUGGAGGACCUGGCGACGCUGCCCUCGCUCGACGUGGCGGCCGAGAGGAGGAUCGAGCGGCUGGCCCUGAAGGUUGGGGAGAACCUCUUCAACUUCAUGCAGUCCUUCUGCGGCGUCGACGGGAGCAAGCUGGUGGUGCCCAUGGAUAUCUUGGAUCGGUGGUUUAAGAAGUUUCAGGAGAGGGCGAAGCGGGACCCGGAGUACUUGAAGGGCUUCGUAUUGUGAUGAUGGAGGUACUUGUAAUUUUUGUAAUAGUUAAGUUGCAAAACUUGUUGCUUUGUGUUUCUUCUUUGGAUGAGCUGGGCAAUGAGGAAAUGGCCUUUGUGGGGUUCUUUUUAUAUGUAUGUUUGUUCAUUUCCAUUUUGUAUCUAUGAGACUAGAGAGCAGAAUUUGAAUAAAAAAUCAUUAUUCAAUUCGAAGUG